UCGCUCACUCACAUCUCUUUCUUCUUCCUGUGCACACAAACCGGCCGGCCCCUUUCGCCAUCACUAACUUUUCCCCCCUUCUUCCUCGAUCUUGCCUUUCCUUCCCCUAAGCUUUGAUGCACACACACCACACCAAUGGAAAUGGGCACACUCUAGCUCUUGAUCUGAAGAUCUGUUCAUUCCAGUGUAGUUCCAUUUCCACAUGUGAGAGCGAGGAACCGAUCGAGAUCAAGCGAAGAAGAAGAUCAAGAAGCAAGUAGUAGUAGCAGCAGUGACAGCAGCACUCGAACUAGCUAGAUCUCGUCUCUCGCUGGCUAGGAAGCUUGUACAAGCAGUACGCAGAUGUUACCUUACCCUAACUCUCACCAUUUCGGCGUCUCCCACUCCCAGAAACAACAGCCACACCCAAACCCUACCGGCUUCCCGAUGAUGCCGCCCGCCGCGCAUCUGGAUCAGCACUACGCCGACCACCACUUCUUCCCCGGCCACGGCCAGUUCAACUCCGAGACGCUCGAGGCGGUGCUGAGGCCGCCGCGCGCCGCUCCAGAGAGCGGGCCCGCCGUGACGGCGCCGCCGCAGGGUGGAAGAAACGGAGCGGCCGCCGCCGGCCAAGGCCACGCCAGGGCGCGGAAUCGGCCGUUCCGGACGGACAGGCACAGCAAGAUCCGGACGGCGCAGGGCGUGCGCGACCGCCGGAUGCGGCUGUCCCUCGACGUCGCGCGCGACUUCUUCGCGCUGCAGGACCGGCUCGGAUUCGACAAGGCCAGCAAGACGGUGGACUGGCUGCUCACCCAGUCCAAGCCGGCCAUCGACCGCCUCACCGAGCCCUCUCAUCAGCGAUGCGUCGGCGGCGGUGACGCGGCCCUGUCAUCCCCGACGUCGGGGGCGCCUAACGGAUCAGGUAAUAAGAGCUCGAGGGGAGGGGUUGUGGAGAAGGCGGGGACCAGAAAUGGCGGUUCGGCGGCGUUCCUGGAGCACGGCUGCGAGCUGGACCGCCUCGUGUCCGCCGCGCCGGCGCUUGGGGAGUACUACUACGCCGGCCUCAGCGAAAUGAUGAGCAACAACGGAGGAGAAGGCGACGACGAAGGUGAGUACGAGGAAGACGGUGAUGAUUUCCUGGACGGUAUGCAGUAUUAGCAGCAGCUUGCUGGUCGUCUCUACGUACUAGCUUGUAACUGCUGGCAGCUUAUUUAGGUCUUGAUCCGGCAAGCACUACACUGCCGUUAGUUAGUAAUGCAUAUGUACUCCUUUAAUAUAAGCUAGUGCUAAUUGUGCCAGAUGUUACUCUCUUGCAUUGUGCUUUAACGUCACUAGCUAUUAAACUAUAUUUAUGAUCCGGCUUU